AGAAAUGGGUAAACGGGACAUCCCGAGUCCCAACGAGAAUAUCGCACCCAGGACAAUAGGAAUGCGAGAUGUCGACCUCACUGCAGCGCCUGCGAAAAAAGCGAAAUUGGAUACCGGAGAGAGAAUCGCCGUUUCUGGACGUGUUGCUUCAGUAAAACUUACCAACUUCAUGUGCCACGCAAAUCUUCAAAUCGAUUUCAAAACGGCACAAAACAAUUGCUUUUAUAUCGGUGGCCCGAAUGGAAGUGGAAAGAGUGCUCUGUUCGCUGCAAUCAAUUUGGGUCUUGGAGGACGAGGUUCUGAUAAUGAUCGAGGAAACACGGUGAAGUCUUACAUCAAAGAUGGAACAACACAAUCCAAAAUCACGAUCACACUGACCAAUGCAGGAUUGAACGCUCAUCCAGAUUUCGAUGAUCUCAUUUCCAUUGAGAGAACGAUCAAUCAGGCAUCGUCAACCUAUAUUAUGAAAAGUGUAAAAGUGACAUCCUCCGAUAAUCACGUUGAGCGAAUUGUGAGCAGGAAAAAGGCCGACGUCGAUCGCAUUGUGAGCCGAUUCAGCAUUCAUCUCUCGAAUCCUGCAUUUUGGAUGAGUCAAGACAGAUCACGAAGUUUUCUUGCAAACUUCAAACCAGCAAAUGUCUACAAGCUGUAUCUUGAAUCUACGAAUCUUGAGAACAUCCGAUUAUCUUAUAUCCGAUUUGCCGACGCUUUGGAUGAAUGCUUCGCGUUGAUACAGCUGAAGGCUGGAGAAAUUUUGAACGAGCAGAAAAAGCUGAAGCGAAUGCAAGAACAACGUGAUCUCCAAGCGAAGCUAGACCAGGAUCGUGCACUUGUUGCCAGUUUUUGCUGGAAGCUUCUCUUCUGUAAAGUUCGCGAUUACAACGAUCAAAUCGAACUGACUCUUAAGAAGCAGGAAGCUCAGAAAACCUUACAAGAUGAAACCAAAAAGGAAUACGCUAAAAAUCGUGCUGCCAGAACAGAAGUUGAGAAGAAAAUUCAAGAGUUUAGAGACGAGGUCGAAGUUCAGGAUGCGGAAAUAGCUGAAGCAAGAGAGGAUUUAGAUGCGAAGAAAAGAAAAGUUCUCGAAUUCGAAGAGAAGAUUCGAGAGUGUGAACAGAGUAUUAGGAAAAAGACAUCCGAGAAGAAAUACAUGGAACGGACGAUCGUUAAUGCUAAAAAUGAAGUUCGCAUUCUUCUUGAAAAGCAGGGAAAUCAGGAUUUGACAAAGAGGCUGACCAAAGUUGAGAACGAUUAUAAGGAUAUCUCUCAACAAAGAGAGAACAUGGAGUUAGGAGGCGAAUCAGCAAAGCUGAGGGAAAAACUUGACACGGUGAUUACUGACUACAAAAGGAAAGAAGAAGAAAAGUAUACAAUACAAAGAGAUAUAAAUCAACUUCGUCGGAAAAUUGAACAGGAUAUGGAGACAAUGCGACGGUCCAGAGCCACCAAGAAAGACGCCAUCAACAAAUUCGGCUCACACAUGGCUGAAAUACUCAUGGAAAUCAACCGAAGCAAGUCCCGAUUCCAAACUGUUCCAAAAGGUCCUCUUGGAAAGUACAUCACGUUGAUCGAUCCAAAAUGGGCAUUCACUGUUGAAGAAUGUAUUGGAAAUCUUGCAAACAACUUCUUGUGUUCCAGUCAUCUAGAUGCAGAGAUCCUCCGAAACAUCUUCCAAAGCCUUCGAAUUCCAGCACAAGACCGGCCGACGAUUAUUGUAGCCAAGUGCAAUGGAAGAGCUUAUACCAAUCUUCAUGAGCCAAGCUCAGACUUUAAAAGUAUCUACCGGGUGCUCAAGUUUUCAGAUCCAGAUGUUCAUAACGUGAUCAUCGACAAGAGCAACUGUGAACAGUUCAUUUUGAUCGAAGACAAAACUGAAGCCAUGGAGCUCAUGGGAAGCAAUUAUCCACCUCAAAAUGCAGUCAAAGCGUACACACUGGAUGGAUCUCAAGCAUAUGCUAAUGGACCAAAUAGUCAGUAUCGUUUCUACAGUGGUAGAGGAGGACAUGCACGUGGUACUUUUGGAAAUGAUCAGGGAGAUGUUGAUGAAGGAGCAUUAGCCAGACUGAUUGAAGAUACUAAAUCGGAAGCCAUGAGACUGGAAACUCAAGAUUUGCGAAAACAAGAUCAUGAGCUGAAAGUGAUAUAUAAUGAGCGUGAUCAGACGAAAGCUGCAAUUGAUGAAUUCGAUAGAAAAUUGUCAAAUCUUCGAUCUCAAGAAUUGCAGAAAGAACGUCAGGCAAAAGAUUUGAGAGCAGAAUUGGCGCAAACUGCGAAUGAAGAUCAAGUGGAAAAUCUGAAUGAAUCUAUUGAGGAAAUGCAGAAAAAGAUUCCUUUAAUCGAGGAUGAAGUCAAAGAUAUUCUGAAAAAUGUGGCAGACAUCACUGCAGACAUGGCUCCAGUUAUUCAAGAGAGGAAAGAAGCGGAACAUACGCUAGCGGAAAUUCAAAAAGAAACACGAGAUUUUGCAAGUAAAUCCCAGAAACUUCAAAACGAAUUGAGCAAGUAUGACGACGCCGGAGAGAUUCUCAAAAUUCGUCUCGAUAAAGUGAAAGCUGACGAAGGUGUAUUCUUCCACACAGAGGCGAAACUCAAAUCUGAAAGAGACGAUGCGAUGGAAAUGGUGGAAAACGACAAAAAGAAUCAUCCAAUGCCACCUGGCGAGACAGAUCCACCAGAUCUUUCAAGUUUCCCGUCGACGACUGAAGCUCAGAGAAAGAUCGAAGAAAUGCAGAAAGCAGUUGACAGAGCAACAGUUGGAUGUGACACUACUAUUACUCUUGAAUGUGUUAAAGACUUUAAAGAUAAACUGAAAAGGUUGAAGUAUCUGUGUCGCAUGAUUGAAGAUGUUCUCAUCGAGCUUAAAAAUCUUCAUGCAGCCCGUGUAAAAGCAUAUCCGAGCUUGAAAAAGUUCACGGAAUUGAAGGUGUGUAACAAGUUCCAGGAGUUGCUCGCAGUUCGAGGUCAUUUUAUCGGUGGUCUCGAAUUCGAUCACGAGAAGGAGACACUUAAUGUGAAUGUUCAAUCUUCUAAAGAGAAGGAUGCGAUGGCUGGACGAAGACCUGAAGUCCUUGAGGUAGAAGAAGUCGACGAGCAUUCGUAUGAUGAUGAUAGUGACGAUAGUACCGGUCCGCGUAGAAAGAAGUCCAAGAAGAGCGGCCAGAAAAAGAAGAGAGUUCGUGAUCUGAAAGGAUUAUCCGGAGGAGAACGGUCUUUUGUGACUGCCGCACUCGUCAUGUCCUUGUGGGAAGUUAUGGAGCAGCCAUUCCGAAUGAUGGAUGAGUUUGAUGUCUUUAUGGACAUGAUGAAUAGAAAGCUGGUGAUGGAUUUGCUCGUCGAGCUGGCCACCAAGAAGUUCCCUCACAAUCAGUUCAUCUUCUUCACUCCACAAGGAAUCAAGGAACUCAACAUGGUCGAUGGUCUUCAAGUUUUCGAGAUGAACAGAGUCCGCGACUAGAUAUUGGCAAUAAAUUGUUGAUAAUUUGUAAACUAAAGAUAUCUUUCUCUCUUGUGCAUCUCAUUCCAAAUGCUUUACAGUCCCCAUAUAUUUUUUAUCGGACCCUAACGAUCUUUUUUAUUGGUUUUAAAGCCCCCUGUCCUCCUAAAUACCAACCCCAUGACAAAAUUAAAUUCCAAUCUCCUCCUGAUACCAUACUUUAUUUUUUUACCCACUUUAUUUUGAAGUCUUUAGUAAAAUGAAAAGAAUCAUUUUAAA